AUGCCUAUUCUUGAUCUUGAAAAGCUUGUCGAUGAUACUCGCAGUACGACCCCGCGAUUGCUUCGUAAAAGUACUUUAAGAACAACACUGACACUUCUACCACCUGCAGUCUUGGCACAAGAUCCCUUGAUCGCGCCCGAAUUGCUCAUCUCCGAAAUACCUCUGACCAAUGCCUCCCUCAAGACUGUUCUCCAAGGUCGCCGCGAUGCCAUUGAGAUCAUCAUGGGAAAGUCUGACCGCCUCCUGGUUAUGUGCGGGCCAUGUUCUCUUCACGACCCUGUCACUGCGCUCGAAUACUGCGGACGCCUGAAGGCGCUCGCCGACAAGCUGUCUGAUGAUAUUUGCAUUAUAAUGCGUGCCUACCUCGAAAAGCCUCGUACGACUGUCGGCUGGAAGGGACUGAUCAAUGACCCAGACAUUGAUGAAUCUUACAAGAUCAACAAAGGUCUGCGAAUCAGCCGUCAACUCUUCUGCGACCUGACUGCGCUCGGCAUGCCAAUUGCUUCCGAAAUGCUGGAUACCAUUUCUCCUCAAUUCCUCGCGGAUCUCAUUUCUCUCGGUGCUAUCGGUGCCCGGACUACUGAGUCACAAUUACACAGAGAACUUGCCUCCGGCCUCUCUUUCCCAGUCGGCUUCAAGAAUGGCACAGAUGGUAGUCUGACAGUUGCAAUUGAUGCAAUUGGAUCUGCUGCCGCCAAGCACCACUUCAUGGGUGUCACCAAGACUGGACUCGCAGCUAUCACCAAAACAAGUGGCAAUGAACACGGCUUCGUCAUCCUUCGUGGGGGUACCAAGGGUACCAACUUCGAUGCUGAGAGUGUUAAGACUGUUAAGGAGACCCUAACGAAGAAGGGCCAAAAACAAGCUAUCAUGAUCGACUGCUCGCAUGAAACAGGAAACUCAAACAAGGACCACCGCAAUCAACCCAAGGUUGCUAAGGUUGUCGGAGACCAGAUUCGUGCGGGCGAGAAAUCAAUUAUCGGCCUCAUGAUCGAGUCACAUAUCAACGAGGGCAACCAGAAGGUACCUGCUGAGGGUCCAUCUGGACUCAAAAAAGGUGUCAGCAUCACCGAUGCAUGCAUCAACUGGGAAACCACCGUCGAGACCCUAGAGGACUUGGCUGAGGCUGUCCGGGAACGACGCAAGACUACCAAUGGGCAUUCAUAA